AGUCAUCUCAAUGUGACCUGAGUCCGCCAUACCGAAUGUAAAGGACUGCACGCCAGCGCUCAAGUGCACUUAAUAUAACACAUAAAGCAAGUGAAUCAGGAUUGUCUGACACUGAACAAAAAGUCACUUUCAACAGCCAGGCACAUCAAAGAGACAUCUGAAGGUGAAUGUGUAUUGAAGGCACGCGCGAGUCAUGGCUGAAGACAUUCAGCAGAAACUGGAGAAGUACCGCACAGCACCAUUCGAUGCCCGCUUCCCGAACCAAAACCAGACGAGAAACUGCUGGCAGAAUUACCUGGAUUAUCAUCGAUGCCAUAAAGCCCUGGAUGCCAAAGGUGUUGACACAGCUCCAUGUGACUGGUACAAGAGGGUCUACAAGUCACUGUGCCCUCUUUCCUGGAUCGAGAAAUGGGACAGUCAGAGAGAUGACGGAACAUUCCCAGGAAAGAUCUGAAGACUGCACAGUCUCCAAAGCACUGAAUGCGUCUGUCGGUGGCAUCGUCUCUCCUCCAGUUAAACAGGGCCUUAUUAAUGUUUGUUCAUAAAUGCACCUGUCAAACUGAAGGACGAGAUCGAUUAUUAAUCUCAUUCCUUAUUUAAAUGAAAGUGUUGCAGAUUCUGCAUUAAAAUCUCUCAGGCAUUUAAAUGUA